AGCUCACGACUUUGGGCCGAGAGGCACAGCUGGGGACUGUCAGACCGCCGGGAGCCCGCGUGGGGACCGCGUCCUGUCCUCGGCCUCUCUGCGCCCCUCCCCCUUCCCCAUCCAGUGCCUCGUCCCUCCGCCUGUCGUUUACCGGCGUUCCCUGGGGCCGGCGUGUGGGGGAGCUCGGGCUGGUGUCCCGGGAGUUAGGAGCUGUAAAGCCAGGGCCGUCCUCCCUGAAGGUCCCAGAGGAGAUCCGGUUCUCUGGGAUGGAGUCGAUCUUGGACGGGGGUGCUCUCGAAUUCGAGGCGUUGCUGAGGCGGGGUUUCUGGGGAGAAGAAAGUAUGGGAGUAUGGGAGGCGCGGCAGGGAGCGUCGGGAGAGCGCAGGGUCUGAGGGUGUCAUGUCUGUGUGUAGGAGGGCGUAAGGGCCUGAGCAGCGCCGCGUGGUCUUGUUCAUGCUUGCUCAGCGUAGCACGUGCAGGUGGAACUUUUUACACUCACUAAAUUCAUUCUGCCACCCCCCGACGGGGGCUGUCCUCCAACUUGAGAAACACCCCUGUAGGCGUCCCCUCCUCCAGGCUUCUGGACCUUCUCUGGAUGCCAGUGUGAAGAUAUUCAAGCUCCGUAUACGGAAAGAUGCAAAUUCUGCACUGCUCAGUAACUACGAGGUGUUCCAGUUACUGACUGAUCUGAAAGAGCAACGGAAAGAAAGUGGGAAGGUGAAACACAGCGCGGGGCAGCAGAACCUGAACACCAUCACCUACGAAACGUUAAAAUACUUAUCAAAAACUCCAUGCAGACACCAGAGUCCUGAGAUUGUCAGAGAAUUUCUCACAGCAAUGAAAAGCCACAAGCUGACCAAGGCUGAAAAGCUGCAGCUGCUGAACCACCGGCCGAUGACUGCUGUGGAGAUCCAGCUGAUGGUGGAGGAGACGGAGGAGCGGUUCACGGAGGAGGAGCAGAUCGAAGAACUCCUGCACACUGUCAUGAGCAUCCUGCCUGCCGAGCCAGAGGCUGAGCAGAAUACUGGCAACAGCGCCAAAGCGAUGGAUGAGGAAGGCGCAGCCUAGAGGAGCACCAGGCCAGGGUGCUCAGGGGCUGCAGGGCUGACAACUG